AAGAGCAUUUCAAGAAUUAUUAUACGUUUGUCCGGAAUUCGCACGUGCCAAUGAAGCUCACCUGCGUCUUGGAUUUAUGUUUAAAGUAUUUGGUUGGUUUGAAUCAUCAUUAAAACACCUGCAAACUGCUUUAGUUGAUACAUCACCGUGCACCUUUACAAAACUUCAAAUACGAUUUCAUAUUGCUCAUCUGUAUGAAGUACAAAAUAAACAUAAAGCUGCUAAAGAAGCUUAUGAACAGCUUCUCUCUGAAAAGGAGCUGACACCGCAAUUAAAAGCACUUUUAUUUCGUCAAUUGGGAUGGAUGUAUCAUUGUGUAGAAUCAUUGGGUGAAAAAAGACAGCGUAGUUCUAUUGCAAUACAGUGUUUAAAUAAAUCUAUAGAAUCUGAUCCUAAAUCAGGACAAUCAUUAUAUUUGUUAGGAAGAUGUUUUGCCAGUAUUAAUAAAGUUCAUGAUGCGUUUAUAGCAUACAGAAAUUCUGUAGAAGAAACUGAAGGUAACGCUGAUACCUGGUGUUCAAUUGGAGUAUUAUAUCAACAACAAAAUCAACCAACAGAUGCUUUACAAGCUUAUAUAUGUGCUGUGCAAUUAGAUAAAAAUCAUCGUGCUGCGUGGACAAAUUUAGGUAUUUUAUAUGAAAGCUGUAGUCAACCAAAAGAUGCACUAGCAUGUUAUAUAAAUGCGACUAGAGCAUUAGAUUCAAAUUCAGAUUCACCAUUAACUUUAUCUAUUAAUAAUUCGAAUUUAUUAUCACAUACACAAUCAUUAUCAACAUUAUCGAAAAAGCAGCUAUUAAAGGAUAUAACAACAGGUGGUGGUGUUGGUGGCAAGCCACAAAAUUUAUUACAAAGAAUACAAUUCUUGCAAACGCAAUUAGCUCAAGCUCCUAUGCCGAGCAUAACGUCUAAAAGACGCCAGUUGUUCUCAAUAGAAGAGGCCUGGAAUCUGCCAAUAUCAGCUGAAAUGAGCUCACGUCAACAACAGCAACAACAACAAAUUCAACAACAUCAAAACGUUCAUCAAGCCAACCAGUCACAUCAUCAGCAAAGGCAAUAUUCAAAAGGUUAUGUACCGGCUCAACAAGGACCUCCUCCCCCAUAUCCAAAUCAAGGGGUCAAUUCACAAAUUCCACCAAAAAGGUUCAAACCGAAUGAUGACUCCGCAAACGGUAACAGACCCGGACAACCCGCAAUAUAUUUAUCUCAGCAGCAAAUGCAAAUGUUACAAUUUUUGCAACAAAAUCAGAGUAAUCUAAAUCCUCAACAAACACUUUUAUAUCAACAGUUGAGUAAUCAGUAUAGAUUAAUGACACAACAUCAGCAACAAAUAAGAAUACAGCAACAGCAGCAACAACAGCAACAAUUACAUCAACAGCAACAGACAAUCAUACAGCAAAGUGGUGUUUUCCAACAACCACAAACAACUGCUGGUGUUCGAACUCCACAAUCUGAUCAAAAUGCCAAUUUUAAUUUAAACAAUUUUUCAGCUGCGACGGCAAAUACACAGCCAGCCGCAGUUAUUCCACACAAAUCAGCAAAUAAUAAUGAUUUUAAAUUAAACGAUCAACACAAUCAAACUUUGUACGAAUUAUCAAAUUCAAAUGAUUUUACACAAAUUCCACCGUCAAAUGAUAAUGAUUUAGGCGUUACAGAUCAAGAACUUCAGGCUUUAUUGUCACAAAAAGACUUAGCUGAAGAUAUUUUAAAAACGUUGGCGUCCGAUGGCUUAGAUAUUAAAGAAGAAUUAGACGCUGAUGAUUUAAGUGAUUUAACAAAUAGCAGUAGCAAUUUUAUGCAAACAACAACUCCAACAAAUUCCUCAACCCUCAGAAACAAAUCUCCACCCAUAAAAUGUGAAGCUACUUCGACUUCAUCGUCUUCAAUGUUUUCAUCAUCUGUUGGUGCCACCGUUCGAGAUGAAAUUAAGUUUGAAUCACAUCUGAAAUUUGAAAAAAUUGGUAGUGAAGAUGAUGAUGAUGACGACGAUAGUCCGCCAGUUUUUACUACACUUAUGAGUAGCAAACAAUUAAUAGAAGGCGUUAAAAAACUCGGUACACUUGACCCGCCACCAGCAUGUUCAGUAUUAUCAAUAGAAGCAAAACCACCAAUACCUCCUGAAUGCCCUCCACAAAGGUUAACACGUGAACAAUUAUUACCUCCAACACCGUCUGUGCAUUUAGAAAACAAAAAACACGCGUUUAGUCCGCAACUGCAAGAAUUUUGUUUAAAGCAUCCAAUUGCUGUCGUUAGAGGGUUAGCUGGCGCGUUAAAGUUAGAUUUAGGUUUAUUUUCGACGAAAACACUAGUGGAAGCAAAUCCUGAUCAUAGUGUUGAAGUAAGAACACAAGUUCAUCAAUCACCGGAUGAAAAUUGGGAUGCAACACAAGGCAAACGAGUGUGGCCAUGCAUAUCACAUAGAUCUCACACAACUAUAGCUAAAUAUGCACAAUAUCAAGCUUCAAGUUUUCAAGAUAGUUUAAAGGAGGAACGCGAUAAAAACUCUGGAGUGCAAACAAUGUCAGAUUCAGAUUCGAAAGAUUCUGUGACAAAUGUUUCAAAAACAAAAAAAGUCAAACUGAACAAGAAUGGCAAUAAAAUGUUAAGAUUUGGCACUAAUGUCGAUUUAUCUGAUGAAAAGAAAUGGAAAGUUCAACUUCAAGAGUUGCAAAAACUACCUGCAUUUGCACGUGUCAUAUCAGCAUCUAAUAUGCUCUCUCACGUUGGUCAUGUUAUAUUAGGCAUGAAUACUGUUCAAUUAUAUAUGAAAGUUCCUGGAAGUCGUACGCCGGGACAUCAAGAAAACAACAAUUUUUGUUCAAUUAAUAUAAAUAUUGGUCCGGGGGAUUGUGAAUGGUUUGGUGUACCAGACUCAUAUUGGGGAGGCAUACAACAAUUGUGCGAACGUAAUAAUAUUCACUAUUUGCACGGCUCCUGGUGGCCUGUAUUAGAAGAUUUAUACAGGGAAAACAUUCCAGUAUAUCGUUUUAUACAAAGGCCGGGAGAUCUUGUUUGGGUGAAUGCAGGUUGUGUCCAUUGGGUUCAAGCGGUUGGUUGGUGCAAUAAUAUUGCGUGGAAUGUUGGUCCAUUAACAGCAAGACAGUAUUCAUUGGCUAUUGAACGUUACGAAUGGAACAAAUUACAAAACUAUAAAAGUAUAGUUCCAAUGGUCCACUUAAGUUGGAAUUUGGCAAGAAAUAUAAAAGUAUCGGAUCCAAAAUUAUUUGAAUUGAUAAAAAUGUGUUUGUUGUCAACCCUUAAAAAUGUGAUACAUACUCUAGAAUAUGUGAAAUCUAAAGAAGUUGAAGUGAGAUUUCAUGGACGUGGUAAAAAUGAAGCAUCUCAUUAUUGUGGUCAAUGCGAGAUUGAAGUAUUCAACGUUCUUUUCAUACGGGAAGCCGAAAAACGGCAUGUUGUACAUUGUUUAAAUUGUUCAAGAAAACAAUCACCCAAUUUACAAGGGUUUGUCUGUUUAGAAGAAUAUAGAUUAACUGAGUUAACCCAAAUUUAUGACGCGUUCACAAUAUUUAAACCUCCGGGCAAUAAUAUAAGUAAUGUUUAAUAUUAAAGUAAAUAUUAAAUGAAUUUUAGUUGAAUUUUGUUUAAACUAAUGAUUUUACAUUAAAUGUAAUAAUACUUUUACUAUAAUUUACAAUUGUAUUUGAAUGUUCAUUUAGUUUUAAUGCCAUUAAACAAUUAAAUUCAUUCAAAGAUUUCUGUACAAAAACAAAAUCAAAUUUAUUUAUUUCUGUAUGUUAUUAUAUUUAAAUUUUAUAUUUUAGUUUUCUCUAUUAUUUUAUUUUUUUUUUGUACAAAUCUUAUAUUUUUAUCCGGUUGACUAAUUUUGUUAAUUAAAUAAUAUAAAAAUUAUAUAAAUGUACAGCUAAGCUAAAUUGAAAAUUAUAAGAAUGAAAAUUGUAUGUAAAUAAAAACUUUUACUUAAAAGAAAAUUUUUAAUCGUAAAAUAAGCAUGACAAUUGCGAUAUUUUGUCAUAAAAAUUUAUUCAUUUCAAUUUAAUUUAAAUCAUACUUCUUAAUGUAUUAUCAAAUAUAGAUAACUAAAAAGUGUAAAAACAUACUUAUUUUAGUCUUAUUUUAUAAUACUUAUAAAUAAGCUAAUUCUUAAGAAUCAAGCAAAAAAAUAUAUAUGCAUAAAUAGAACGAUAUAUUAAUGAUCUCAAAAUAAAAAAAAAUAAAAAUAUAUUAAAAGUACAUAUAUUUAAAAAGUGUGUUUUAUAUUAUACAAUUUUCUUUUAUGAAAAUUGAAGAAAAAAAAUUUUGUACAUAGAAAAUUUAUUAAGUAUAGUAUAAAAACAAAGUAAGAAAAAAAAAAACGACAAAGUGGUUGCGUUAAUACACCAAAGUAGAGCUAAAAUUAUCUAUAAAAUGUACAUUUUUUUCUUAUUUAGAAAACAAAAUCAUUCGCAAUAUAUUUAUACACAUACAUAAUAAUUCGUUUUUAGCUCAAAACGUAUUUACUGUCCAUAAUCAUUUAAGACUAAUCGAAUGAAAAUAAAAUGUAUCUUAAGCAAAAAAAAAAAAUUUUAUAUGUAAAUAAAAUAUUGAUAAUUUGGAUCAUAUCUUAAUUUAAUUAUAAUUUGAAAUUAUUCACCUUCUUCAUUUAUGUAUUAACAAAUGUAUACAACCAAGGAAACAAUAAAAUCAUUAACAAUUAAAAAAUGUUUUUAGAAUAAUUUUUUUUUUGGUUAAAAGCUAAUAUUAUUAGGAAAUAAUUUUUGAAUAUGUCAAUAACUUUUUAGAUAUAUAUUUGCAAAUUAUCACCACAUGGUACAACAUACCGUGGUCAAAUGCAACAUUGAUAAUUAUUACUCAUUUUUUUAAAAAUCAAAAUUGCAAGUCAAAGUUAAUAGGUAUACGCUCAACUUAAAUUUUUUAUUAAAUUCAAUGGGUUUAAAUUACAAAAUUUAAAAUUUUAUUUCUUUUUUUUUCUGAAUGUUAUACAAUGAAAUGAUGGGAAAAAAUUAAAAACUAAGAUGAUUCAAAUUUUCAAUAUUUUGAGUAAAAAAAAAUAAACAAAAAGCGCAAAAAUUACUUUAAAAUUUAGUUUUUAAAUAAAUAAAAAAAUCGGUAUUUUAAAUUAAACAAGAAAAACAAAAAUCUGUAGGUGCUUUUUAAAAAAAAUUAAUAAAAGAAUAAAAUAUAAAUUUGAAAUAAAAAUAAUGUAUAAUAAUAUUUUAAUAUAAUCGUAUAAUUCGAUCUUCUUGAUUUUGUCAGUUUCAAUUUCAGCGAAAAACCGCGCGCCGUUCUAAGCUCAAAAUAGAGGUUUCAUGAUUUUGUAAUAAAAAAGGCAGAAAUAAAGCAAUUUUUUUAUAUAUACAAAGAAAAUUAUAAAAAAAAAGUAGUUACUUGGUUUUAUAAACCAUCGGAAAAACACAACUUUUAAAACUGUUCUAAAACAAUUUUUUCCUCCAGUUAAAUAUUUAGAUUUCAAAAAUUAUAUGAAAAAAAUAACGCUUACCCAUAUUUCGAAAAAUUGAAAGUUAACAUUACCUCUUGAAGAAAAGUGCGUUCAGCUCUGCUGAUAAUUUAUUUGAAACAAUGGCAAACCACUGCGUUCUUAUCCACAUUCAAAUUAAUGGUUUUAAAAAAAUGGAAAAAUUAAUAGAUUUUUUUUUUUUGAAUUAACAAUAUUUCUUUGUUUUUGUUCUUUCGCAAGUAGAGAGAAUCCCAAUUCAUUAUUCAACAAUAUGUUUCGGAAAUAACAUGAGUUCUUCAAUCAAUAUUUUAUUCUAAGUUGUUUUAAACUUCAUGUAUACAACAAUAGAUAGAAUACAAUUUAUACAAAAGAAAAUUCUUUUAUUUCUUUUCAUUCUUUUUAAAAUUAGAUUUAAUAAUUCUUCCUUAAAAAUAAGAUAAAAAAAAAAAAAACAGAAAAAAUAAUUAAAAAAUUUUUUUAAAAGUAAUUGUAAAAAGGAGCAAAAAAUGUUUAUGAAAAGAACAAUGCAUAAAAAAAUGUAUGAAAAGUGUAAAAAGAAAAAAUAAACAAUAAUUAAAUAAGAAAUAAAAACAAGUUGAAAAUUUUAAUUAGGAAAUGAAAAUGACCAGUAAAUCACUGCCAAAAGAGAUUGAUCUUGGAAAUUUAAAUAAAUUAUAUAAAAAAAAAGAGUACAUAAUUAUAAAUAUAAAAAGAAAACAUAAAUUUCAAUAAUUCAUGUUCAAAAAUUUGUAAAUUUAAAAUAAUUUUUAUUAAUAUAGCAAGUUGGUACAAUAUUUUUUCUUUCAAUAACACUUAAUACGAUAAUUAAAUUUCUUAAUAUUCAUAUUCACCAGUUCUUAUAUAUUUUUUUUGAAUCAUUUGUUUUUAGAAAAUUUAAAACAUUUUAAUUACAAUUAAUCACUAUAUGAAGUUAAACUAAAAUUAAAAGUUUGUGAUGUUUUUAAAACAUUUUUUUUAUUUAAACUUUAAAGUGACUUUUUACUAUUUAAUGUUCAACUAAUAUCUAAUACCUUUAAUUAAUGAAAAAUUUUUUUUUCCAGUAACUUUUUAAAUAUCCAUAGUUUAAUUAUUUGCAUUAUUAAUUCUAAAUUAUAAAAAAAUAAUAAUAAAUUGAAACUAUAUUUGAAACAGAUAAAUUGAAAUUUUUGCAAAGUAAAUUAACUUUUAUGAUAAAACCUUUUAGCUGAAUUUAAAUUCAAAUUGCUGAUAUAUUUUUCAAAAUAAAUGUUGAUUUAUUAUUGCGGACAAGAAUAUGUUCAACUUUAGUCAAAAACAAAAAUUUUUUCCUUUUCCUAAGUUUUUGAUUACAAAACAUAAAAUCUGUUUUAGAAUCAUUAAACAACAAAUUAAAAAUUAAUAAUAUUUGGAAUUUCAUCGCAAAAAGUUGCCAAUUAAUAUUGAAUUUUUAUUAGAUAAUUCAGUUCUAACUUUCAUACUAAGUACGCAACUGUUAACUUUAAAACCUUAAACCUGCUCAAAACUCUAGUUAUUGAGAAGUAAGUGCAGUAUUGCAAAAUAAAUCAUUUUCCUCCAACUAAUGAAUGACCGAAGGAAAUUUUCGAUGCAAAAUUGACAAUCAUAUGUUUUUUAUUUUAUAGUUCGGAAAAUAUUUUAGAAAAUGUAUUGUUAUUCACAAAUUGAUCUUUAAUAAAACAACACACAAAAAUUAUAAUUUGAAUUAUUUUUUAAAUUAAAAUAAUAUUUUCGUUUUAAAUGUAAAUUUUAAAAUUUUUUUUUCGAGGAACAAAUAUUACAUACAACGUCUUCGUGGAGAGCAUAUUAUGCACUAGUGAAUUUUUUUUUUUUUUUGCAUAUAAAUUGUUGUGUUGGCAGUUACCUUUUGCGCUAACUAGUGAAGACCCCAAUAUUGUAUUUAAAAUUUUUUCGGCAUAAGUACCGCUUGCUAAUUAAUAUACUUAAAAUAAAUAAUUUUUAUAUUUUAAUUUGUAAAAAUUAAUUUUUUUUUAUUCAAUUACUACGAAAUAAACUAUUCAAAAAAUAAUUUGGAACAAAAUUUUUUUUUAAUAUUAAAGAAAAGAAAUGAAAAAUAUUUAUAAUUUUUUGUACAAAUGAAAAAGUUCUUUUUUUUUUUUUUGUUUUGUUUGGUUUGUUUUUUUUUCUUUUGAGGUUAAAAUAAUCAUUGUGUAUAAAAUUUAAAAAUGAAAAUGAAAAGUAUAAUAUAGAAGAAAAAAAAAACAAAACAUAAAUAAGGCAUAUAGAAUGUUAGUAAAUAGCAAAUUAAUUAUUGUAGAGGGAAACUUAAGUUGUGAGUAUGUAAGAGAAUAAUUAAAAUACAAAAAGUAAA